AUGUCCAACCCAACCAACAAAUACGGUCUCACCGCCGUCCCAGCCUCUGCGCAGGACCUCCUCAGAAACACACCCUGCUAUCCAGCACCAACCUCUCCCCCAAUCCCAAUUCCCGUCUCCGCAACCCAAAUCCCGGAAACCCCACUAUCACAGCGCAUCAACGCUUAUGCAUGCACGCACCUCCCCGAAGAAACAUACAACCACUCACGACGGGUGUAUCACUUCGGGCUCGCAAUCAAACGCUAUAGGUUCCCGUUUGCGGACUGGGACUUUGACGACGAGACUUACUUUCUGGCUUGUUUAUUGCAUGAUAUUGGGACCACGGAAGCCAAUAUCACCGCCACCAAGCUGAGUUUUGAGUUCUUCGGUGGCGUGCUGGCAUUGCGCGUCUUACAGCAUGAUACUCACGGGUAUGAAAACCAAGACGAGGCUGUAGGUACUGCCCGUGCUCGUGAUCGGGGACCACAGCCGGGCUCCGGCGAGGCGACAGCCCCGCGUGAACAGGCUGAGAGCGUCGCGGAAGCUAUCAUUAGACAUCAGGAUUUGUCUCUCGUUGGCAGCAUCACUGCUCUUGGACAGUUGCUGCAGCUGGCUACGAUCUUUGAUAACAUCGGUGUCUACUCCGACCUUGUCCAUGCAGAUACUAUCAAGGAUGUCUCUAUACAUUUCCCCCGCAAGCGCUGGAGUCACUGCUUUGCAGCGACGAUCCGGCGCGAGAAUAGCCUUAAGCCUUGGGCACAUACCACCGCUCUGGGCGAAGAGGAGUUCCCCGCUAAUGUGUUGGGGAAUACGUUGAUGGCGCCGUAUGAGUGA